UGGAAUUUCACAUUCUUCCUAUCAUUAUUACUUUUCUCAUGGAAUGCAGCUUACUGUGGCAACUAAUGCUGCAUUAUCUCCAGAAUUUUACUGGAAGUCCAUGCUUCCCACCACAUCAAUGCCCAAAGCCAUCACUGAUUUGCUACAUCCUGAUUGGAAGGAAGAGAAAGAGAGCGCGGUAGAUGUAGGGAAUGGUGGUGUAAAUGUUGGUGUAGAAAAGGGAAACCAAGGACAAGGAGGUGGCACUGAUGUUAAUGUUGGUGGAGGAAACGGUGGAGUGAUUGUACACACUGAACCAAAGGGAAAGCCGGUGCAUGUUGAAGUGGGACCACACUCUCCAUUUGAUUACAAUUAUGCAGCCAGCGAAACCCAAUUACAUGAUGACCCCAAUGUGGUACUCUUCUUCUUGGAAAAGAACUUGCAUCAUGGAACCAAAUUGGACUUGCACUUCUCUCAAACAUCUAAUUUAGAGGCCACAUUCUUGCCUCGUCCUGUGGCUGAUUCCAUACCCUUUUCUUCAAUCAAGGUCAAUGACAUAUUGCACAGGUUCUCCAUCAAGGCAGGAUCAGAUGAGGCUCAAGUGGUGAAAAACACCAUCAGUGAGUGUGAAGGGCCUAUCACCAUAGGAGAGGAAAAGCGUUGCGUGACUUCCCUUGAGUCCAUGGUUGAUUUCGCCACUUCCAAGCUUGGGAAUAAUAUUGAUGCUAUCUCCACAAGAGUGGGAAAAGAGAGCGAAUGGCAACAAUACAAAAUAGCACCAGGAGUUAAGAAGUUGGCUGAGAAGUGUGUUGUGUGCCACAAGGAGAAAUACCCAUAUGCAGUGUUUUAUUGUCACAAAUCAGAUAGCACUAAUGCCUACUCUGUCCCAUUGGAGGGUGCUGACGGAAGCAGGGCCAAAGCAGUUGCAGUGUGUCACACUGACACGUCAAAUUGGAAUCCCAAGCAUUUGGCCUUCCAACUGCUCAAAGUUCAACCAGGAACUGUGCCUGUCUGUCACUUCCUCCCUCAGGAUCAUGUUGUCUUUAUUCCUAAGUAAAAAAGGUCCUAUUUAUGAUGUUGAAUAAUUAAGCAGUCUUAAUUGCGUAAAAUGAACUAUAAAACUGAAUAAUCGCGGUAUUAUUAGUAUUGUUAGCCCACGUUGUCGCAACUUUGCUUUUACAGAUUCACGAAUGCAAUAUGUAAUAGUGAUGUACUACAUUUGUGAUAUAAAUGAAGCUUUUUUCAUUCAUGUAAAAAUCUGU